GUUAAAUAUCUUCUUCCCCCGUUGGAAACGAAAUCCGCGUCGCAGGUACUUUUAACCGUCACCUUUUUGCAAGGCAAGCAGCGUCAGCAGUGCCUUUCUUACGUUCUUUUCGACAGCCAUCAUGACUUUCAAGAUUGCCCAGCUGCUGCUGGCGGUGCUGCUGGUCACGGCGGCGCUCUCCGCGGAGGCGCGUCUUGUCGUGCGCAUGGUUCAAGUCGCGCAUCGCCACGGUGCGCGUGGUCCUCUGGUGGUGGACAACGCGUCGGAUAUCUGCGGCACCGAGUACCCGUGUGGUGAGCUCACGGGCGUGGGCAUCGAGAUGCUCAACUCCGUGGGCCGCUUCGUGCGUGCGCGCUACAGCAACCUCUCACUGGUGGAGGAGCCACUCAUCCCGUCCACGCGCUACAACUCCUCGGUGGUGUACACCCGCUCCACGGGCAUCCAGCGCACCAUCCAGAGCGCCACCGCCUUCCUGAGCGGCCUCUUUCCGGACGACUACUUCUAUCCGGUGGUGUACUCCCACAACCUGACCACCGACACCCUCUUGAACACGGACACGGUGCCUUCCGUGUUUGGCCGCCGCUGGCUGGAGAUGGACAAGCAGAACGCUGCGCUCAACCCCGUCGUGGAUGCGUACUUUACCAGUGAUCAGAUUGCGGCCGCUGCGAAGGACGCCUACAUCGAGGGUCUUUGCAGUGACCACGCCGCACGCUCCUCCUGCGCAAGCAACCUUUACGAUAUUGCUACUUCUUUUGAGGCUGCCGGACGUCUACCCUCCAAGUCGAAUCUUUUGGCGGCGAUGCCCGGUCUCAGGGCGUACACGAUUGCGUGGUACCGCUACAUCUACGACUACAACAAGUCCGUGGAGAUCGACAACACUCAGGGUGCCGCGUCGCAGAACCUCGCGCAGACCAUGCUGGCCAACAUCAACGCACACAAGCUGUCGCCGUCCUUCAAGCUGUACGAGUUCAGCACGCACGACACGAUGCUGGCGCCGCUCGCCGUCACCCUCGGUGACCACACCGAUCUGACCAUGCUUCCCCCGUACGCCACCACCAUCAUCGUGGAGCUGCUGCAGGACACGGAGUCGCCCAACGACUGGUACGUGCGUCCGGUGCGCGGCAGCCCGACACGGCAGGCCAACGGCAGCUACGUGUUCCAACUCAUGAAUCUGGAGGUGCACUGCAUCGACGCUGCCGGCAACCAGUACCUGGCGACAACCGGCAUCUGUCCGCUCGACGGCUUCCGCCGCAUGGUGGACUACUCCCGCCCCUCCGUCCCCAACGGGCAGUGCACCUUGGCGCAGAACCAGUAUGAUAACAUGGGAUGCCCGCGCACCGUUGCGGAUGGCAAGCCAGUUCCGUACUACUGCUGGCUCUACCGCUAUGUAUGCCCUCAGACCGCCUGCCCUGACGGGUACGUCCUGGGUCGCGAGGACCUCCAGUGCUACCCGCUUGGCCCGACCACCACCCCUGCCCCGCAACCGAACUCAUCGCCGGUCCCCAUGGCGUGGACGCCGCGCACGAUGGACCCAAAGAAGGCUAAGGACAUCGCUGUUGGUCUUCUCCGCGGCGUCGAGGAGGGUGUCGUGCUCGGUUCGGCCAUUCGCAAGCACGGUGAGUAG